UUGUUCUUAUUUAGCUCUGAUUGUUCUGAUGAUAGCCUCCACUUUUCAUAUGCAGAGAUCCGUAACCAACUGGUGGAGCAGUUCCGCUGUCUGGAGCAGCAGUCUGAUUCCCGGUUGCAGCUGCUGCAGGACCUACAGGAGUUCUUCCGCCGGAAGGCAGAGCUACAGCUCGAGUAUUCCAGAGGCUUGGAUAAACUGGCAGAGCGCUAUUCUUCCAAGAUCCGCUCCUCCAGAGAGCACCAGCACUUCAAAAAAGACCAAAAUCUCGUCUCGACUGUGAACUGCUGGUAUUUGGUCUUGGACCAGACCCGAAGAGAAAGCAGAGACCAUGCCACUCUCAGUGACAUCUACAACAACAAUGUCAUUGUCCGUCUGGCACAUGUGGGCGAGGAUGUCAUCAGACUUUUCAAAAAGAGUAAAGACAUUGGGGUUCAGAUGCAUGAAGAAUUGGUGAAAGUCACUAAUGAACUCUACGCAGUAAUGAAGACGUACCACAUGUACCAUACCGAGAGUAUCAGCGCAGAGAGCAAACUGAAGGAGGCAGAGAAACAGGAGGAAAAGCACAUUGGCAAAGCUAAUGAUAUCAGUGCUGGGCUGUUGCGUUACGGUCAUGAUGAACGUCCACAGCGACGAAGUUCAGUGAAGAAGAUGGAGAAACUAAAGGAGAAGAGACAAGCCAAGUACUCUGAAAACAAGCUCAAAUGCACAAAGGCCCGAAAUGACUAUCUGCUCAAUCUGGCAGCUACCAACGCCCUGGUGGCCAAAUACUACAUCCAUGAUGUCUCAGACUUGAUAGAUUGUUGUGACCUCGGGUACCAUGCAAGUUUAGCACGCACCAUGAGAACCUACCUAUCUGCUGAAUAUAGCCUGGAAACCUCUCGCCAUGAAGGUUUGGAUGUACUGGAGGGAGCAGUAGACGCUAUGGACAUCAGAGGAGACAAGUUGAGGUUUAUGGACACACACAGUCAGAUCUUCUGUCCUCCAGCACGCUUUGACUAUCAGCCACACAUGGGGGAUGAGGUCUGUCAGGUGAGCGCACAGCAGCCUGUCCAGACAGAGCUCUUGAUGCGUUACCACCAGUUGCAGUCUCGCCUCGCCACACUGAGGAUAGAAAAUGAAGAGGUGAGAAAGACCCUUGAUGCCACCAUGCAGACCCUCCAGGAUAUGCUGACUGUAGAAGACUUUGAUGUUUCAGAGGCCUUCCAGCACAGCCAAUCCACAGAGUCUGUCAAAUCAGCUUCAUCUGACUCUUAUAUGAGUAAGGCAAACAUCAUAAAGAGGAGAGCCAAUCAGCAAGAGACAGAGGGUUUCUACUUCACUAAAUACAAGGAGUACUUGAAUGGCAGUAAUCUAAUUGUCAAACUGCAGGCUAAGCAUGACCUUCUGAAACAGACGCUUGGUGAAGGGGAGAGGGCUGAAUAUGGAACAACAAGGCCCCCCACUCUUCCCCCUAAACCCCAGAGAAUGCGGAAGUAUAGGCCUCGCUCCGUUUUUAACCGUAAACUGUUUAACGGCAAUAUGGAGACCUUCAUUCAGGUAUUAGCUCAUCUGUGCUCUUUGUCUCUCCAUGAGCUCAGCUGUCUCGCUAGCAGUCUGUCUUUCUCACUAACCUGUUGUGGUUAUUGUUGCCUCUCUUCCUCUGUCUACGUGCCUUACUGCUCUCUGCCCAGGGGACGACGGAAUGUCCGUGCCAGGAGUCAGGAUUCAGGGCAGCCCAUUCCAAUGGUGGUUGAGAGCUGCAUUCGAUACAUUAAUUUGUAUGGUCUUCAGCAGCAAGGAAUAUUUCGGGUUCCAGGUUCUCAGGUCGAAGUUAAUGAUAUUAAGAAUGCAUUUGAAAGAGGCGAGGAUCCACUGGUGGAUGAUCAGAAUGAUCAUGACAUCAACUCAGUGGCGGGUGUUCUUAAGCUCUACUUUCGUGGGCUGGAAAAUCCACUGUUCCCCAAAGAGCGUUUCCUCGACCUCAUAUCCACCACCAAACUUGACCCUGGUGGUGAAAGAGCUCGCCAUCUUCAGCAGAUAAUUGUGACUCUUCAACGACCUGUAAUAAUUGUCAUGAGAUACCUGUUUGCUUUUCUUAAUCAUCUUUCCCAGUACAGUGACGAGAACAUGAUGGACCCAUACAACCUUGCAAUCUGCUUUGGGCCCACACUCAUGCCCAUACCAGAUGAACAAGAUCCUGUGGCCUGCCAAGCACACGUUAAUGAGGUCAUUAAGACAAUUAUAAUCCACCAUGAGGUCAUCUUCCCAACCCAGAGAGAGGUGGAGGGACCUGUUUAUGAGAAGUGCAUGGCUGGAGGGGAGGAGUACUGUGAAAGCCCCCACAGUGAGCCGGGAGCUCUGGAUGAGAUAGACAAUGGAACUGGACCAAACACAAGUGAUGAAGAGCUGGAGCAGAUUGAAGCAAUCGCUAAAUUUGACUACGUGGGCCGAAGUCCACGUGAGCUGUCCUUUAAGAAGGGAGCCUCUCUGCUGCUCUACCUCCGAGCGUCUGAGGACUGGUGGGAGGGCAGGCAUAAUGGUGUGGAUGGACUGAUUCCACAUCAGUACAUCGUAGUGCAAGACAUGGAUGAUGCAUUUUCCGACAGCAUUCAGAGGACUGACAGUGAGACCGGAACUGGAGCGCCCCGCGAUGACAGAACAUCAUCCAGAAAUGAGCAUCAGCCUCCUUGCGAACACACACCAGAGAACCGUUUUAGAUCAGCACUUGGAAGGGUGAGAGUGCGAUCAGAUGGAGCCGCGGUUCCGCGCCACAGGAAUGGCGCUGAAAGCCUCAGCCCCACCAGACUUGCUGAUCAUCCCCCGAGGAUUAUGCCUCGGCCCUGCAGCCCACACAAAAUGGCUGUCAAUAGGGGUCAAACUGACAGUCCAGAAAAGCGGCGUCUCACCACUUUUGGCAGUGCCGGUAGCAUCAACCACCCCGACAGAAAAGCCUUUGUGGACAGCCACUCGCAACGGUCAUCACCAAGCACCACUCGCCAUGCAAGUCUGGGGGACCACAAAGCUCUGGAGGCCGAGGCUCUUGCAGAGGCAAGUGACAUAGAGAAAACGAUGAAUACAGCUCUGCACGAGCUGCGGGAGCUGGAGAGACAGAAUGUAGCCAAACAUGCCCCUGAUGUUGUUCUUGACACCCUGGAGCCCCUCAAACACCCUGCUGGAGCCCAGGAUAUGUCUGCCAGUCCUCUGCACACAAUGGUGAUCCGAGACCCAGAUGCAGCCCAGCGACGUAGCAGCAGCAGCUCCUCCUCCGAGACUAUGACCACUUUCAAGCCUGCCUUAGCAGCACGUAGGCCGAGUGCACCUCUAAGACCCCCUCCCGUUAGACCUGUCCGACCAGCUCCUGUAAUUGGACAGGGCCAGGGGCCACACCGCUCCAGCAGUUCUGGUUCUUCUGGUCUAGGCAGCCCAGGCAUCACCCCCACUGAAAGGGUCUUUCCCAAAGCGCCCUCCCCCUCACCAUCAACCUCCUCUACAUCCUCAGACAAACAAGGUAACAUGUAG